CACGCUCUGCAAUCCACACCCGCCAACUCGGAAAGCACUGCGUCGACCAAGCCGAGAUGGCGCCGCACGCCACCACCCCAGCCAACGGCGGCGACGAGGAGACGGUGGUGGAGGAGGCAUGCGCGCUCCGCCACCGCCACAACGCCACCAAGAACAGCGGCGGUGAGGAGGGGGCCAGAGGGGCCUCCUCCCAGCCGCUGGCCGGGGGGGAGGAGGCGCUGUCGGUGGAGCGGGCGUUCGAGGACAGGGCGGUGCCGUCGUGGCGGGAGCAGCUGACGGUGCGCGCCUUCGUGGUCAGCUUCUUCCUCGCCGUCAUGUUCAGCAUCAUCGUCAUGAAGCUCAACCUCACCACCGGCAUCAUCCCCUCGCUCAACGUCUCCGCGGGUCUCCUCGGCUUCUUCUUCGUCCGCCUUUGGACCGCCGCCAUCGAGAGGAUGGGCCUCCUGAAGCAGCCGUUCACGCGCCAGGAGAACACCGUCAUACAGACGUGCGUCGUCGCCGCCUACGACAUCGCCUUCAGCGGUGGGUUUGGCACUUACUUGUUUGGAAUGAGUGAAACAAUCGCCAAGCAAGCGACAGAGGCUAAUGAUGCUCAGAAUAUCAAGAAUCCGCACAUAGGAUGGAUGAUAGGAUUUCUCUUCCUUGCCAGUUUUGUUGGGCUAUUUGCUCUUGUGCCCCUGAGAAAAAUUAUGAUUGUCGACUACAAGCUCACCUAUCCAAGUGGAACUGCAACUGCUUAUCUUAUCAAUGGUUUCCACACGCCGGAGGGUGCCAAGCUUGCAAGGAAACAAGUAAAAACACUAGGAAAAUUCUUUCUGUUUAGCUUCUUUUGGGGCUUUUUCCAGUGGUUCUAUACUGCUGGAGAUAAUUGUGGAUUCCAGAGCUUCCCUACAUUAGGCCUUCAAGCUUAUAAGAACAGGUUUUACUUCGAUUUCUCUCCUACCUAUGUUGGAGUUGGGAUGAUUUGCCCGCACAUUGUGAAUGUAUCUGUUCUUUUGGGAGGCAUCCUGUCGUGGGGAAUAAUGUGGCCUCUAAUCGGCAACAAAAAAGGGAGUUGGUACUCUGCCGCUCUCUCAGAAGGCAGUCUCCAUGGGUUGCCGGGUUACAGGGUUUUUAUAUCCAUUGCGUUGAUUCUUGGGGAUGGCCUGUACAACUUCGUGAAGGUGCUAAUUCGCACCACUGCAGGCUUUAUAACAAUGAUGAAGAAAAACAGCACCCUUCCAGUUUCAGACAAUGGCAACCCCAUCACUGAAGCUGUUUCCUUCGAUGACGAGCGCCGCACCGAGCUGUUCCUGAAAGAUCAGAUCCCCAGAUCAGUUGCCUAUGGAGGGUACGUUGCUGUCGCUGCCAUCUCAAUUGGCACCCUUCCUCAGGUCUUCCCGCAGCUCAAGUGGUACUACAUCCUGGUGGCGUACAUCUUUGCGCCUGUGCUGGCCUUCUGCAACGCCUACGGGACCGGCCUCACUGACUGGUCCCUCGCGUCCACCUACGGCAAGCUCGCGAUCUUCAUCUUUGGCGCGUGGGCUGGCGCUUCUCACGGUGGCGUUCUCGUCGGGCUCGCCGCCUGUGGCGUGAUGAUGAGCAUCGUGUCCACCGCCGCCGACCUGAUGCAGGACUUCAAGACCGGGUACCUGACCCUGGCGUCGCCGAGGUCGAUGUUCAUCAGCCAGGUGAUCGGCACCGCGAUGGGCUGCGUCAUCUCACCCUGCGUCUUCUGGCUCUUCUACAAGGCCUUCACCAACAUCGGCAUCAGCGGCAGCGAGUACCCGGCGCCGUACGCCAUCGUGUACCGGAACAUGGCCAUCCUCGGCGUCGACGGCUUCUCCUCGCUCCCCAAGAACUGCCUCACCCUCUGCUACGUCUUCUUCGCGGCGGCGAUCGUCAUCAACCUGAUCAGGGACCUGGUGCCGCCCAAGGUCGCCAGGUUCAUCCCACUCCCGAUGGCGAUGGCGAUACCGUUCUACAUCGGGUCGUACUUCGCCAUCGACAUGUUCAUCGGCACCGCGAUCCUCUUCGCGUGGGAGAUGGUGAGCAAGGCCAAAGCGGACGCUUUUGCACCUGCGGUCGCCUCGGGGUUGAUCUGCGGCGACGGCAUCUGGACCUUGCCGCAGUCGGUCCUGGCGCUUGCCAAGGUGAAGCCGCCGAUCUGCAUGAAGUUUCUGUCCAGAUCGGUGAAUGCCAAGGUGGAUGGCUUCCUGGGAAAUUAGCUGUGCUUUCAGUCGUGUGGGACAUUAAUUAGUUGUCGCCAACUUGAACACCUCCUGUAUCUUAAUGGUAUUAUCACGAGCGUGUACUCUGAUAUGCAACGUCAAGUAAGUAAUGUUCCAAAUCUUACGUAUCUGCGUAGCUGUAUGUUGUAGUACUAAGUAGGAAUGCCAGAGGUGAUCCUUGAAGACAUGCAUGUAUAUUUCAGCGUUGUGGUAAUUACUUCCCGCUUCAAAUCCCAA